AUGGGAGAACAACUGGAAGAGUUUGAAAACUCUGGUGAUGUGCGCCAUGUACAGGUUUCUUUCUUCAGCGAGGAACAAACGAUCGCGGAUAUUCCAUCAGCAAUAUUCGAUAUUCCUGUGUCAGCCACUUGCGAAAAUUUGAAUGCUUUGGUUAACAAAACCAUUUCGGGCUCAAAUGAUAAGUGGAGCGAACGACGGUUCGAAUUUCUCGUCGGAGAAACGUUUAUUCGUUCAUCUCUAGCGGAAUUUAUUGAAGAAUACAACGUAGAAACAGAAACCGUUAUCAAAAUAGAAUGUGUGCUCGGGAAAGAAACUCCAAAACCGCUGCAUGAUAUACAAGCUCCUGACUGGGUUUCCUCUGUUAUCGUGUCCAAUUCUCACUUCUUUUCUACGACAUACAGUGGUGAAAUCAUAAUCAUAGACAAGAAGGGUAAAACCGUGUUGGAAAAUAACCGAGACAAAGGAAGUGCAUUCAAGUGUAGCGUUUUACUCGCGAGCGGUUCAGAUCCCAAAAAAUUAGAAGGCAGUCAACUUGUGGUGGGUGGCGAAAAGCGGAUGUUGACCCUUUUGGAAGCAGAAGAUGGCGCUCUGUUGCCGAAGGUAUGUUCUGUGCAUUAUUCGUUUUUUGUGUACUACUUCUGUAUGCAACUUCAUGGUGCUAUAGCGUCUUGCCUUUUGCUCGAGUGA